CACGGCUGCACUGGGCCAUCCCUUGGCAUUCGGCUAGGACUGUACGAGGACUACAAAGAAGAUUCGUCUCGAGGGGGGUGGGGGGUGCAUCGACACGAUGCACUACUGCCUCCCAUGCGUCUUGCUGUUGUAUGGACUCAAGCGAAGCCUCGCAAGUAGUAAAUCACAUGAUCUCAUGUCGACCCAUUCGCGCAGCGUUCCUCUCGUGUUCUUUCUGGUGUCUGACUCUCAUCGCUCGCCGUGUAUUGUUUCUCAAUUCAUUAGACUACCCUACCCCUACUGCAUCAUCAAUACCGCACCGAUCUAUCGUUGGAGAAGGUCCAGUCUACUAUGGUUCGCCUCGCAACAUUUGCUUUGUUGACUGGGCUAUGCGCACGUGUCUACAGCCUUGGCUUGGAGUUCGUCAACCCACCGCCCUACGAUUCGAAUGACGGCCUCGAGAACAACCCCGCGUACAAAGAGGGCGCUAACCUGGACGUUGAAUGGAAUAUGGAGGAUGAUUCACGGCUGAUCUACUUGGUCUUGAACCAAGUCAAAAUGUGGGGGUUAGACCAGGCCGAUAGUGGCGAAUUCAUCAUGCCGGGCACUUUAAAUGCUACAAGCUACUCUUGGGUUGUCAAGACGAAUGCGAGCCUUACCAUGUCGAGCCUGUUCUUUCUCAACAUCUUCUCCUCUGACGGGGAUUCAGCUACUAGUCAAUACUUCCAUAUUGAGGCAAAUGGCGUCAGCGAAGGUGCUACAUCAUCUUCUUUGGCGGUAACGUCGACUUCAACAUCAGCCUCAAGAGGCCACAGCACACCCAGUGUCGAAUCGGGUACAGCUUCAGCGAGCACACCGACCAGCGGUACCGCGAACAUUUCGACAAGUAGCAUCGCACAUGCACCCGACCGUCCCGAUCAACCAGUCCACCAGCACAUGCACAACGACUUCCCAUUAAGCCACAAAAUUGGUCUUGGUAUAGGCAUACCUGCAACGCUUGCUCUUGGGAUAUUAGCUGGGUGGCUCCUCUUUCGCCGUCAUCAACGCAAGAAGAGAAGGGUAUCACACGAACUACCCCCCAGCGAAACCAGACGACAUGUAUAUGAUCAUCGUACUAGUAGAAUCAUCCACGAAGCACCAUUGAAUCACGUAGUGGAGAUCGGUCGGUCGCCUGGGCAGGGUUUUGAGCAAUUGGGAGGCGAACUGGAAGAUAAGCCAGCGAUUAUACCCGAGGCUUUGCCAAUGCGAUAUGAGAUGGAAGCCAAUACCGUUCACGAGCUUCACGAACAGCCAGUGAAACCAGAUGAACCUGUCAUCAAGAAGGAAACUUGAUGCAACAAUGCCGCGUCAUCGAGGAAUACAAUCAACAUGUGACAGAUUCACCAUUAUUAUCGCCUGACGUGCCCUCAGCGAAUACCAGGAACGGAUGAGAUGUACUCAGCGCUAUCCUUUAGGACACAUAUCAGGCAUGGAGCAACACUGUCGAGUUGAAGCGGGGAUACAGAUCCUUCCAAUUUGUCUCGUUCUCGGUGCAGACUUCACCGAAUUGGGGCAGGAAGGUUGCCAUGACUGUCUCGCGCUACCAACGACGCUGACCACGACGUAAAUCAAGGGUAACCCGAAACAUCUCGUAAAACCUCUCAUCUGGCGCAAGAC